AGAGCCGACGCGGGCUUCUGACGUCACGGCGCCAUGGCCGCCUGCGCGCAGCUCCCGCCCGAGGUCCAGCUGGCCCAGCGCCUGGCGGGCAACGAGCAGGUGACCAGGGACCGGGCUGUGCGGCGGCUGCGGAAGUUCAUCGUCGCCAGGACCGAGCAGGCCGCAGGUGGCUUCACGCACGACGAGCUGCUGAAGGUGUGGAAAGGGCUGUUUUACUGCAUGUGGAUGCAGGACAAGCCUCUCCUGCAGGAGGACCUGGGGAAAACCAUCUCGCAGCUCCUCCAUGCCUUCCAGACCACAGAGGCCCAGCACCUGUUCCUGAGGACCUUCUGGCAGACCAUGAUCCGAGAGUGGGUCGGGAUUGACCGUUUGCGCCUGGACAAGUUCUACCUGCUCAUGAGGAUGGUCCUGCACGAGUCCCUGAAGGCGCUGCAGAUGCGCGGCUGGGAGGAGAGGCCCAGGGAGCAGCUGCUGGAGCUUCUCACUGCCGAGAUCCUGCACCCCGACAGCCAGGCCCCCGGCGGGGUCAAGAGCCACUUCCUUGACAUCUUUCUGGAGGAGCUGACCAAAGUGGGCGCCGACGAGCUGACGGCCGAGCAGAACCUCCGCUUCAUCGAGCCCUUCUGCAGGAUGGCGGCCCAGACCGGCGAGUGUGUGGGGGCUGCGGGGGCGGCACACCCUCACGCCCUUCCUCACCCGCACACACUAUGGCCCUGCCUUCCCUGGCUCCACAGUCACGCGCUCACCCUCCUCCCCUGCAGUCCUGUGGUCCUCCACCACGUCACCUGCGGCAUCUUGGAGCCCAUCAUAGAGCAGGCCCCACUGGCCAUCGAGGCACUGAUGGAUGAACUGGACACGCAGCGGGGUGCGGACAAGGACUCGGAGCAGGGGUGGUCUGCAGAUGGGGCAGAGCCUGACGAGGAGGAAGAGGAGGACGACGAGGAGGAGGAGAAGGAGGAAGAAGACAUAGAGGAGGAGGGGGAGGCUGGGGACAAUGAUGAUGAGGACGACACUGAGGCCGUCCUGCAGUUCGACUAUGAGGCCGUCGCCAACAGGCUCUUCGAGAUGGCCAGCUCCCCGAGCACCCCCUCCCACAACAGGAAGCGGCUGUACAAGGUGGUCCGCAGGCUGCAGAACCUGGCGGAAGGCGUCUUCCCGGAGGAUGACGUCCCCGAGAAAGUGUAUGAGAAGCUGCAGGCUGGCAGGCGGCCACGGAAGGCCAGGAGGAGCCUGCCCAAGGCCCGGAAGCCCCGGGACCCCGGGGACCCUGAGAUGCAGGAGCCCCGCCCUGAGCAGCCCGGUGGCCCUGGCAGAAGGGGGGCCCAUAAGAAGUGCCGCAGGCCAAGGCCGCCCAGAAGGAAAGCAAAGGCGGGUGGACAGGAGCCCCCGAGGAAGAAGAGUCGGCGGGGCCGGAAGUGACGUCGCCGGGCCAGCCCCAAGGGCCGGUUCCUGGACUCGGGGUGUGUGGGGGCAGAGGGCAGGGCCGAGGGCCGCGUCCUGCCCGACCGUCGCCUGCCCUGGACUGAGCGAGCCCCAGAGGCUGCCUGCUGACCGCGGGCGGGGGCGGGCGGCGUGGAAUAAAGCGGCACCCUGUG